AUGACAUCUCCGGAUGUUCCCAAAGCAGUGAGCAGCAGCUCACUCGAUGGUGUUAACGUCUGUCGAACUCCUUCAAAGUCGUCAGCCAGCGGGCGAAAUGGAACUGCUGGCCCUGCCUUUCCUCCACCCAAAACUGACAAGCCUCGUCCUCAUGUGUGCACGACGUGCAGCAGGUCUUUUGCACGGUUGGAACACUUGAAGCGACAUGAGCGGUCUCAUACAAAAGAAAAGCCUUUCGAGUGUCCUGAGUGUUCGAGGUGCUUUGCCAGGAGAGAUCUCCUGCUGCGACAUCAGCAAAAGCUGCAUUCAACCACUACACCCUCUUCACGCCCAAGAACAGGUCGACGUGAGAGCAAUGCCGGAGCUGGCCGUGUUCGCAAGAAUUCCGUAGUCAACAGCAUCUCUAGUGGUGUGAGACCACGUGCAAACACGCUCAGCCAUAUUGAUGCAAAUACACUCGACCUGCUUGCGACAUCUAACAGCACCGGCCGAAGCACAAAUGCAGGCCAUGCUCACCGAGGUAGUGAUUCAGGCGUGAUGGGUGUCCCAGAAUUUGAAUAUCGAGACUUGUCAAACACAACGCACAGUUCACUCCAUACUCUGCCACGCCUCAACACCAACGCACUUGCAAUUGACCAUGCUGGGGGCCUUCGGACUGCGCCAGCAUAUGGAGGAUUUCCAAACGAACUCAGCAUGAGUACGUUUGUAUUUGGCCCUGGUAAUACCAUUAACCCCAAUCAGCUGCAUAUGGGCGGUAUGCAAGGGUGCAGCAUGGACGACACAAGCUUGCAAUACCCAUGUGGCGGACCACCCAAUAGUCGAAUGCUGCAAGGUGGAGAGCAUUUUGACUGGAUGGCUCAAGGAAUGGAGAAUCAAAGAUUCUUUCCUCAGACUAACGAAUCAGCGCUUGAGGAAUCAUCCCCUUCAGUUAUGGACACCAACAGUCCCGAUGGCAUCGGUGACAGCAUGCUGGAGUGUGGCACCUCAAUAUUUAGCAGCCUUGCGGUAUCAGCACCUCCGGUCUGGAAUGCGCCGUUAGUCCCGCAGGGGCAGAUGAUGACAAGCCCAGGCAACUUUGAUUACCCAGCUUCUACUUUCAAUGAGAUGCUUCCAGCACCGCAGGGCACCAUUUCGCCGAAGUCUCUUUUGGCUCAAGGAGGUUCUCUGUUGGAGAUGAAUAUGCCGAGUCCGCCACCUCUAAAUGCCAUAGAACAGCCUUCUAUGCUGCCGGGAUUCGUGGCAUCGGGAUUUCAGGUGCCGGACGGUACGAGAACGGGGGGUGCUUCAACAGCGUCAGCUUCAUCAUUCGAUAGCGGUCUGCUACAAAGCUCAAUCACAACGGUCUCCACAGAUCUGAUUAACGAACAUACUCGCUCUAGCGUGCUAGCGAGCUUGUUGCAAUAUUCUGGUUUCGGCCAGCAGCCUUAUUCUCAGCCUACGACUAAUUCACCACUGUCACCCGAUUCCGCUAAUGGCUUUAAAACUCUCUCACUCAACAACUUUCCUAGUACAUCAGAUCUGCAACGGUACCUCGCGGCCUACGUUCAAUACUUUCAUCCUCAUUUACCCUUCUUGCAUAUAGCAUCUUUGAACUUCGAGUCUUCCGAGUAUACUAUUCCUUCCAGGAUGGUUAACAGGGAGUCGCACUUUGAUCACAAUAGCAUCUCCGGAGGGGGCGGCUGUCUCAUGCUGGCCAUCACUGCCAUUGGCGCACUUCACGAACAUGAGAUGACACCAUCCAAGAAGCUUUUUGAAGCAGCUAAGCAUAUGAUUGGUGGGUUUCUAGAAGAACGUCGCAGGGCAAAUCUUAACCGGAAUAGCUUUGAACCAAGGCAUCAAGGUGAGGCAGAGACCACUCCUUUGUGGCUCGUUCAAGCCAUGCUUCUGAACGUUAUAUAUGGCUACAAUUGUGGGGACAAAACAUCUGCGGAAAUUGCCGGCAACCAUUGUGCAACACUGGUCAGCUUGGUGCGCGGUGCCGAAUUGUCCCGGCCGUACCCUGGAUAUAUGGUCAUGACCAACGGCACUCUCAAUCCUGAUUUCCAGAUGAACGAACCACAGUCGAAUGGUUGGAGUUCUGUGACAAAUGAUAUCGAUGAUAUUGAUUGGCUGGAAUGGAAAAUUGUUGAAGAGCGAAAACGGACAUUGUAUGCCGUUUUUAUUCUUUCCAGCCUGCUAGUUACGGCAUAUAACCACCCACCUGCGUUAACCAAUUCGGAAAUUCGAGUCAGCUUACCAUGCAAGGAGAGUUUAUGGACCGCGGAAAAUGCAGUUACCUGGAGAUCAGUGAGUGCCACAGCCGGUGCAGAUGAUCCUCCCAUCAUGUUCAAUGCUGCAUUGGGUCAUCUUCUCACCGCUUCGCAGCGGCAGCACCAUCAGCCGGGGUCAUCUGACUCGCUAUAUGGGCUGGGAAUCAGGAUGCAACCGCUCUCUCAAAGUGAUCUGAAGCCUAGCACUUUCGGGUGUCUUAUACUGAUCAACGCAUUGCACAACUAUAUUUGGGAGACAAGACAACGACACCUGGGCCGGCAAUGGACAAACCAUGAUACGGAGCAGAUGCAUGCGCAUAUCGAGCCAGCCCUCCGCGCAUGGCAGGCAGCCUGGGCCGGGAAUCCCACCCACAGCAUCGAAAGGCCAAACCCCUUCGGUGCCAGUCCUCUUUCUGCCGACUGUAUCCCUCUACUUGACCUGGCAUACGUUCGGUUGUUCGUAAACUUUGGGCGGUCAAAGGAGGCCUUCUGGCAACGAGAUUUCGAUGCCAUGGCUGACGGACUGGCUCUGGAUACGGACCUGGUCCACGAUGUGACCCAGAGCCCAAGCUCGAGUUAUGAUGAGUCCCAUACAACAACGUCAACAAAUACGUCCGGCAGCCGACGCGGUUCAUUUAUUGAGUUGCUCUCCACCGAAUCUGGUCAGGCAAAGAUCAGUGGCCAUGACGGCUCCCUGUCCAUGCUCGGCCCCAAUAGCACGCAGCAGCCCGAGUCACUUGCGCUGCGAGAGCGGCAUCUCCGAAAAGCGGCCUUGUAUGCGGCAGAUUCUUUGGCCAUGUCCGACAAGCUCGGUGUAAGUUUUGCCGAUCAUACGUCACGAGAACUCCCUUUACAAAGCGCAAUGUGUGCAUUUGAUUGUGCACAAGUGCUGGCGGAAUGGAUCAACACUGUGCAGGACCGCAUAGGUCGAUAUAUCGGGAUCAUAGGCAGCACUGAAGUUGACAACUUCCAAGCUGCGAACCUCAUUCUGUUGGAAGAUGAAGACCGAGAUCUGUUGGACAAAAUCAGCCACUUAUUGCACAGUGCCGAAUCCAAAUCCAUGCCGGGUUAUGGAUCCAAUUCUCCCGACUACAUUGGCUAUGGGACUAGGAUACUGCUAAACACAGCACACAUGCUUGAAAGAGCUGCUGUCUGGCCAGUGACCAGUCUAAUGGCCCGUUCUCUGGAGACUCAAGCAGCGCGAACGAGAGAUCGAGUCCUCGCUUCCAUUGCCAUCAGAACAUAG